CGUGAACGCGCCUCUCCAUGCGGUUUGAAUAAAGAAGAAAAAAAAAGCAGGAAAAAAAUCAGCUGAUGAUGAAAAGACAUGAAGCUGGUCCCGGAGCGGAGAGCAGAUCCCGGUUUGGUUACCUCAUCUGAACCCGGUCCCGGUGUCCGGGGGGUCCGGUUCCCCGCUCAGCUCCUCCGCUCUUUGUGAGCAGGUUCACACACCAACAGACCGGGCGGGUUGGGAGGUUUUUCUCUGAAUGAAGCGGCUCUACCGGGAGGAGAGUCGGUGGUUUUAUCACGUUACAGACACGGGACUGUUUUAAUCCUCGGGUUUCUGUGGUCUCUCUGCAGCUGUGGUUUAUUUCCUGCCGGAUCUGAUCACCUUUUGUUUGGAGGAAACAGCGGCUGAUGCUGCGGUUCACCGUGAAGUCACACUGACGGAGCAUUCACCGGAUCAGGUCUUCCGCCUGGUUUCCUCGCUCUUUUGUGUGGCAUUGAUCCGUCAGUCCCGGACCUCAUUUAACCUGCUCCGGUCCUGCCCCGGGUGGUCACGGUGUGUCCCGGGUUGAGGAGCACCAUGCCCGAGUGCGUGUCGGUUUCCGAGUUUUUGCAGGAGGUUCAGGAGGACUGGAGCUCCCCCACCACCUCCUCCUUCACCUCCAAGAUGAUCAGCUGCAGGAACACCGUCUACCUGCUGGAGGAGGUUUUGGACAGUGACCGGUUGGUGUUGCAGAAGAUGAAGAAAGCUGCUAAAGCCAAAUACACUGCUGGACAAGAACACGUGACUCAUCUGGAGCAGUACAUUAAUUCGAUGGAGAAGCUGUCAGUCAACUGUCACUCAAAUGGAGAGUCGGAGGUCGGCUCUGCUUUCUGUCGACUGGCAGACUUUUCUAAAGAGCUCCUCUCUCCCAUGAAGAACCUGUUAAAGAGCAUGCUCCACAACAUCAACUUCUUCCUGGACUCCCUGGUGAAAGGAGACCUGAGGGAGGUGAAGGGGGAUCUGAAGAAGCCUUUUGACAGAGCAUGGAGGGACUAUGAGAGCAGAUUUAAGCAGGUUGAGAAGGAGAAGAGGGAGUUGGCUCGUCAGUAUGGGAUGGUGAGGAGCGAGGUGAGCGGAGGAGAGAUCGCAGAGGAGCUCGAGAAGGAGAGACGCUCCUUCCAACUGAGCAUGUGUGAGUAUUUGAUUAAGGUGAACGAGAUAAAAACAAAGAGAGGAGUCGACUUGCUGCAGAACCUCAUCAAACACUACCACAGCCAUAACAAUUUCCUGCAGGAGUGUGUGUCCACCACUCAGAGGCUGAAGCAGUACAUGGAGGAGCUGAAUGGAGUCCUGACCACGGUGAAGCAGCGUCAGGAGGAGGAGAAGAAGCAGCUGGUGACUCUCAGAGAUCAGCUGAGGCCCGUUGUCCACACAGAGCAGGACUCUUUACCUAAGCAGGUGUACAGUAUGCAUCAGCUGUUGGGAGACAAACAGUAUGGGACAGAAAGAACAGGAUUCCUCUACAAGAAGAGUGAUGGGUUGAGGAAAAUGUGGCAAAAGAGAAAAUGUUCAGUUCACAACUGUUACCUGACCAUCGCACACGCUACGCCUAACAAACCUCCCACCAGACUCAACCUGCUCACCUGUCAGGUCAAACCCAGUGUGGAGGACAAGAAAUGCUUCGACCUCAUCUCUCAUAAUCGUACCUACCACUUCCUGGCAGAGGACGAAGCAGAGUGUGUGGCCUGGAUCUCGGUGCUCAGUAACAGUAAGCAGGAGGCUCUGAAUGUGGCUCUGGACGGAGGGAGGAAAGGAGGAGGAGGAGGAGGAGGAAUUGGGGAGAGCAGCGUGGAGGAUCUGACCCGGGCCAUCACUGAUGACAUCAGACGAAUGCCAGGAAACAGCAGCUGCUGUGACUGCGGAGCUCCAGAUCCUGGAUGGCUCUCGACCAACCUGGGCAUCCUGACCUGUAUCGAGUGUUCGGGGAUCCACAGGGAGAUGGGCGUCCACGUCUCCAGGAUCCAGUCUCUGAGCCUGGACAGUCUGGGGACCUCUGACCUGCUGCUGGCGAGGAAUGUCGGUAACUCUGGUUUUAACGAAAUACUGGAGGCGAACCUGCUGAGUCCGUCACUGAAGCCGUCCCAACACAGCCACAUGGGAGAGCGUAAAGACUUUAUCGUGUCAAAGUAUCAGGACGUUCAUUUUGUGAGGCGGAGCCACAGCUCGAAUGCAGCGCUGCGACUCGGCCUGCAGGAGGCGACCAAGAACUGCGACAUCUACAGUCUGAUCCAGCUGUACGCUCAGAGGGCGGAGCUGAGCCAGCCGCUGCACAUACACAUACAGGAGAGAGGGGAGACAGCGCUUCAUCUAGCCGUCCUAUUGGCUGACAGAACGUCGCUGCACAUCCUGGACUUCUUAGCUCAGAACUGCUCCAACGUGGAUGUGCAGACGUCAUCAGGAAACACAGCGCUGCACUACAGCUGUCUGCACAACAAGAGCGACUGUGUGAGACUACUGCUGAGAGCCAGGGCCAACAUACACAUCAAGAACGAGUUAGGAGAGACCGCUCUGGACGUGAGCCACAGGUUGAAGUACGGCCACUGUGAGGCGCUGCUGCUGCAGGCCCAGUCCAACCAGUUUGACCAUCACGUCCACGUGGAGUAUGAGUGGAGGCUUCGCCAUGACGAUCUCUACGACAGUGAUGAUGACUUUGACGAAAAGAAUGGUCCAGUGAAGAAGGAGCGCUCCUUCUCGUCCACCUCCUUCACUUCCUCCUUCUCCUUCUCAUCCCGUCCCUUCACCUUCAAUCAGUCCGCCUCCUCCAUCAGAACCCCGCCCUCCUCUGGAGUAGCUGGAGGAGGUCUGCUCAGUGUGGGGAGGAGGCUCGCCAUGGCCAUGGAGCUCCACAGCCGGCCCUCUGGCUGCGCCUCUAGCCCGCCUCCUCCUCCUCCGUCCUCCCCUGCACCUCCACUGCCCCCAAGGGUCAAAGCUCCCACUGUUCCUCCGCCCCCACCUCCUGCUGGGGGGGAGGGAGGUGGGGAGGAAGAAGACGAAGACGGGGAGGUCUUCAUGUCCCUGACAGGAAACAGAAAGUUGACGCCUCCUCCUCCCAUCGCCGUCCGACACAAGAGGAGCUGCUCCGAGUCCAGCACGCAUGAUUACGGGUUGCCAACCAGUCCCAGGAUCUACAGCGGUCCAGACUCCUCUUUUAAGAAGUGUGUCCCGGCGUCUCCUCUCAGCUCGCUGACUGAACGACCAGAAAGAGGUUUUCGGAGGGCAGAAAGUGACGAUAGCUCCUCACACUUCCUACACUCUGCAAAGAAAGCCCCGCCCAAUGGGUCUCCCACCAGUCAGCGCUCUCAGAGCUUUGAGCAUGACAGCAGACACCCCGCCCCCCAGCCGCUUCCGCGCAGAUCAUUGCCUCGGGGUGCGACGAGUCGUCGGGUUGAGGCGCUGUACGACUGCCAGGCCGACCACCACGAUGAGCUGAGCUUCUCUGAGGGACAAGUGCUGGUGGUCCUGGGACAGGAGGACAGUGAUUGGUGGCACGGUUACAUCGAGGAUGAACCGGACCAGAGAGGUUUGUUUCCGUCCUCCUUCGUCCAGCUGCUUUUAGACUGACAUGAACCUGGACCAAGCCAGACCAGGACCAGUGCAGACCCCAGACCAGUACAGAUCCAGACCACAUCAGUCAGCCUGGAGAACCAGAACCUGGGGCUCAGGAGAACCGACCAGAUCAGUACUGAGCAGCAGAAUCUGAACCCAGGUCAGACUUUCAGGUUCCUGUUUCUCUCCACCUCCCAGGACUGGACUGAUCCAUCAGCCCUGGCGUCUAUAGCAACCGGUGUUUCUUAUGCCUUCUGUUACCAUGGAAACAUCACAGAUGACCUUUCAGUGAAGAAUCUGUACUGGACUAGAUCUUUAUGUAGCUCGGGUCUCGUGACAACGUUGCCACGGAGACUGCCUCGCACAAACCCGAUAAGCAACAACUCAAGUCUGAUGUUGACGAUACUUUUAUUUAUUUAUUUAUUUAUUUUUAAAUACAAAAUAUUUUAUUAAGCGCACAGAUGCUUCACUUCAAAAUAAAACAACCCACUGGACUUUUAUUUUGAAACUGAAGUGAACAACUUUUUUCUGUUUUUAUUUAUUGUAGUGUAUUUAUUGUAAUUGAUCUGGUGCCGCUUCUGUCCCAUGACAGGCUCCGCCUCCUCAGGUGGGGCUUACAAGGUCCAACAAGUGACCAGAGCACAAAGGACUGUGGGAUACUGAAGACCAAACAAUAAAAAGGAUGCUAGAACAUAGACACUGAAUGGGUCACCGAGUGAAACUGGCAUACUGUGCAAGCGUCAACACUUCUGUUAACAGCUAGCUAUUUUAAGCUAGUAGUUACUUCAAAGGUGAAUCCCUGUGCAUAACAAAUUCUGAUGUAGAUUAUUGCUGCGUUUGACGUCAUAUUUAUUCACUACAUUGCGUUGUACCUGGGUUUAAAUAACUGUUGAAUCGUGUCGACACUUGUACAGUAUGCCCAUGUUGACAUUCGGUGACUAGAUCCUAGCAUCUACCCGAUAAAUACCAGUCGUCGGCUCUAAAUUCGAGUAACAUCUGAGGAGGCAGAGCCUGAAAUGGGACACAGUUGACGCUUCCAGCUGCCUUCGAUGUCCCAAGAUAUCACAAUGCCUCAGUGAGUACAGCAGUGUAUUGCUGCCAAUUUUACUAAAAUAAAUCUGCUCAGUUUUGUUAAAAACAGGACAGUUUCUCAAUUUAAAAAUAUUUUUUUCUUUAAUAACAUUUUUGUUAACACUACAUACAAAAUCUGUCAUCAUUCUAAUUUGUUACAUCUCAUGAUAGAUAAAGAAAUGUAUUUGUGGUAAUAAAAAUAUGUUUUUUCCUGAAGUAGAAUAAUUUGGUAUCUAGUGAUUUAAAAAAACAAAACAAAACAUAAAUGACCCUUUGCUAAGUCCCGCCCCUGGACACAGACUGGCCAAUCAUAACGUAGCAUUGGGCCAGCUCAGACCAGGGACGUCAACAACACAGCUGUGAUCCAUUGACUCUGAUGUAAUCGUUGCAGAUUUCCUUCAUUUUCAGGCUGGUUUUGUGGAUGUGGAGCUAAAUGUUAUCGUGUAUUAAUGAUACUCGUUACC